CAAGAAUCAGCUGAUAAAUGGUUGUUCUUCGUAAUUAUCUGUUCUUAUCUAAAUUAUCUCUGAUGUUACAAAAGUAGCCGGUAUCUGUGAAUGUAGAACGAUAGCUAUAAUGAUCUUCAACGUCAGAGUCCGUUUGGGAUAUGUCUGAUGCUGUCAAUUUAGGAGAAAUGGCGCUGAUUUGAAGAAGGAUUUUCCAUCCGUACAAAGAUUGAAAUAGAUAAUGUAUUUGGAGACUGUACAACACCAAUUUACAAUCUGAUAACUGUUUGACAUAAAAAAAAAGAAUUAUAUUAGUUCAGUUAUUAUAAGAAGAGCGAGAAAAAGAAGAACAAACCAAAAUGAAUAAUUUAAUUGACUCAUCGGAAAGUUCAUUUAAUGACGGAACACUUCCCGUUGUGAGGUCAGCCAACAUGUUAGAAGACAGUUGGAUCGAGACCCUAGGAUGGGUCAUUGGUGCCAUCUGUUCCUUAUCCAUGAUGUUCGGUGGUGUGGUGCCCUACAUACCCCAGUACCUGCAUAUCAGGCGGUCUGAGAAUCCAGAGGGUUUCUCCCUGUAUGUGUGCCUUGUACUCCUUCUGGCUAACAGUUUGAGAAUUCUAUUCUGGUUUGGCCACUGGUUUGAAUUGCCAUUGUUGUUUCAAAGUAUUGUCAUGAAUGUUGCCAUGAUGAUGAUGAUAUCAUUGUGCGUUUCGAUCCGCAACAGAGGCCAGCUAGGCCACAACAGAGAACAUGUCUUCACAGAUUUUGACUAUGACCACUUUUGGGAGUGGACAGACUUCCAGUCAUAUGUAGAGUUCAUGCUCACGUUCUCCACCAUGGGCUGCCUGCUCAUGUACGUCUUCAUUGAUUCUCCCUUGUUUGUGGAGACAAUUGGCUUCAUCUCAGUGCUGACAGAAGCCCUCUUGGCCGCGCCACAGUUCUACAGGAAUUUCAUAACCAAGUCAACAUUUGGAAUGAGCCGUCAGAUGGUGUACAUGUGGUUCUUUGGAGACACAUUCAAGACGCUGUACUUCUGGUUCCGAGAAGCUCCCAUGCAGUUCUUUGUUUGUGGUUGCCUGCAGAUCUGCAUUGACAUAGCGGUGCUUGCGCAGUGCUUCUUGUACCGGAAGAAGAAUUCACAUCUUAUCAAUUAAUGUUUGGUAAUUUAGCUCUAAUGUCAAGACUGGAUGCAUUGAACUCCAUUGCAUUUUAUUUAUGAGUGUUUCAGAUAUUGUGCUAUUUUUUAUUGUGGUUUCCCUUGCUCUCCUUCUCAGUCUUCUUUAUCUUCUUUUCAUUGUAUCACUUCUGCCUGAGUUGAGUUCACCAAGUUGAUACAUUAUCCUGGCCCAUCCAAAAAGAGGCAUUGUUUUGCAUUGCAUUGAUGAAUGCAAAUAAAUGCUUCAAAAACUGAAGCUGUAAGCUUAUUUAGCUUUCAGUUUUUAUAUAUAUAUUUCUUAUAUUUUAUGAAUGGUGUAUUUCUUAUUUUUCUAUUUCACUCUCAACUGUGUGAGGUUGUCUUUGAUGUUCUUUAAGCAACAGAAGAUAUUUGUAAGAUAGAGUGCAGUGUAUCUUGCAGCCUUGAAGAAUAAUGGACAUGCAUAUAAAUGAACAAAUAUUUAAGAGAUUACAUGCACAAUAUGUAAAUUAAGUGCCUUUUAUACAGAAUUUCUAUAACUGCCUUUAGAUAUUUAUUUAGAUGAUUGUAGUAUGAUACACUGGGUGUAGCUACACUUUAAAGUUGUUUAGGUUAAGAACUUUUCUUGUACUUUGAAAGCUGGAUCUUAAAUAUGAUGUACUGUAUGAGAUACAAGUUGUAGCUUUGAUUAAGUAGGGCUGAAUAAUCAUUGUAAAUAUGCUAGAAGUUGUGUAAAGCAAAAGGAAAAUUGUUAAGGCAUUUUGGGUUAGUUACUUUAGUUAGUAUGAAAUAAGAGUAAAAAAUUCCAAAAGUAUUUUUGGUUGGAAUGGUUGAAAAAGAUUGAACAUUUUAGUUUAUAUUUAUCAGUUGAUAAAAGAAUGUUCCUCAAUAUGAAAUGAUAAUAUAUAGUUAGUUCCUAUUUAAUAAUACAUGGUAAGAGUUAAUUUAGUACUUUAAAAUAUUUGUUUUUAUCAUAUUCAUAAUGUUGGCCUUUUGACAAUAUUGUUAGCUUCUAAACUGGAGUAGUAAAUCAAAUUUUUUGAUAAUAGAAAUAAGACUGACCUCUGUUCCUGUAUAGUCAUCAAAGAUGUAUUAAUAGUCAGAGGAAGAGGAUUUGAUAUUAGAUGCUUUAAUAAGGAAGUUGUGAGUUAUCUCCAUAUGCUCUUCAUUUAGAAGAAGUUUGUCAUAACUGAAACUAUUUCUUGCAGCUAUAAUUGCAAUAGAAACAUAUCACGAAAUCCGUUCUUUGAUAAAGGAUGAACUCACAUUAAUGGACUUAUUAUUGUAGUUUCAUUUGAACAGAUUUAUGAUUUGAGUGACUUCAGGAUUUUAUGGUGCUCAUGAAAGUCUUCUUGGUUGAGUGAAAUGUUCCACUUGUUAAUGAAAUAUAGUAGGAGCCAGAUUUGCAGCCAGCACAAAUGUCGUUGAUUUGUGAAGGAGGAUGUCCUUAUCACACCUUUUUGAUGUGUGGUUUGGUCUCUCUUGUACAAUUUACACUCCAUUUUUAAUAUCCUAUUUCAGAGUGUAAUCCCCUGUGUGAUUAAUUUUAAGUUACAUUGCUUUAUACCUUCUAUUUUCUUUUCUUUUCUUUUACUAUAUGGCUCUACUGUUACUGCAGUAAAUUUAUUGCAGUAAUGAAUUAAGCUUGUAUCCCAAACUCAUUGGAGCAUCAUUUGCUAAGCAUUAGUCCAUAUUACCAGAACAUAGACUACCUCUAGUGUCAUUUUAUUCUGUGACUUUUUAGUGCCUCAAGAAAAUAAUGAGAAUAAAAGAAGUAAGUCAUUAUAGGGCAGAAACCAAAAUGGGCUGGAGAUUUUUCAUAAUUCCCUUGAACUGCAAAGUUACAAUGAUAAGUUUAAGGAUGUCUUAUUGACAGGAUAGCAAGAAAACAUGCCAUAUCCACUGCAUCUUUUUGAUUAGUGAUUGUUUUUACACAUGAUGGUUUCCAUAUUAUUUAUUACUAUUAGUACUAUUAAUAUACUUAUUAUAAGUAUAUUAUACUUAUCACAAUAACAAUAACAAUAAUAACAACAUCAAUAUCAAUAGGAGUAGGGAAAAAAAUAUUCUAAAAACCCAAGCUUAUAAAUUGGCUUUUUGGUGGCUGAAUAUUUGUGGAACCAUCUAUGUGCAAACAAAAUUCACAAAAGAAAAAAACAGUAGUUAGUGUGUUUACCCAGCACCAGUAGGUUAGUGGUAUAAAAAAAACAUUCAUACAGUGAUUGUAUAGUGACAUAUCAAGAAAUUAGUAUUUGUUUUUCCACUGCUCAUUAACCAGGUACAAUGAUUGCUUUCAAAGUUUCUAAUCUGUUGCAACUAUUUGCAGAUUUGUUGUCCAUGAACCAUAGGUAGUAUGUUAAAAGAAUAAAGUACCUUUCAUUUGAAUAUUAGAGGAAACUUUUACAUGAGUUCUAAGGUCCACAGUCCAUUUGUGGAAGGAUUACAUAAGUCAUUCUAUCAUUUUUAUUUUUUGAAAUUUAGUUGUUUUCUGUGUAAUGUACAAUGGUGGUGCUUGUGCCAGUGUGAUUUAUUAUUUCUUGUUCAGGUAUACACAGAGGAAUAACUUUCACUUGCUCAUAUUCAGCACAGAUUUUUUUUUUACUUCAUUCCUUUCUUACAAGAAUUUUUGUUUAUUUAUUUUUUAUUUAUUUAUUUAUUUAUUAUGUUUUUAAGACAAAGUUUUGUGCACUAGCCGAGGCCUUGAAGUAUGUGCCUUAUUUUUGUCUGCAUCAAGCCUUUAAUAUUGUCUCACUUGCAUACCAUGAAAAACAAAACCUUUUUUUUGCUUUUCUUGUUGACUGCUGAAAUUUGAAGAAUUCAUAGUGACUUUGCAGUACUUGAAGUCCAGUGUGUGACUACAGUAGAUGAGCUACAUGUAUUCUUGUACUCAGUAGUGCUUUCCCUUUGUUGCAGGUUAUUGUGCUUAGUGAAUUGUUAAAUAAGUUUGACAUGGAGGCUUUAUAUUAAUUUUGUCUGCAUUUCUCAGUUGUUCUCUAAAAUAUUUUCUAAACAUUUUUGCAAUGUUUGGGAAAGUAGAAUGGUGAUUUCUGGUCCUGUUCCAAGGCCUAGUGCAAUCUCAUUUCCUUGAGGUUAGAAAACAGAAAAUUGAGUAAGGAAUCACCUUAUCAAAAUCCUCAAUGAUAAGACAUCACAAGAUGCUUUUUAUACAUGUUGUAAUUUACUCAUUGUAAGUCUAAAGAAAACAAGAUAAUGAGCAUAUCAUAAAUGAUAUAGGUUGUGGAAAAAAUUACUGUGAUUUCAUGUUGAGAUGGUGAUGUUGAAGAGAUGAAUAUUAAUCUGUGAAGUGGUCUGUAAUUUCUUGCUGUAAACCCUCUGUGGGUGCUUUAACAUUCUGCCUGUUUUUUCCAUGGAGAAGAGGCUGUUUGUAUGUGAAUAAUGAUUUCAUAUCCCGAAGGAUAUGCUGGGUUUACCAAACUUCUGACUUAGAAGUUUUACUGUUGUCGGUGACAGAUUAAUUCGUGAGAGUAAUUACUGAUGUGCAAUAGUAAUUUUUUCAGAACAAAGUAUUAUCCAUACAACUGAUUCAACAUUAAGCUUAACUAAUAUUCUUCUUUCUCCCCAUGUUUAUUGUCCAAAUGUAAUACUUUUUAGGUUAAGGGAGAUGGUAGAAAUACAUUUAAGAAAUGUGUACAAUCUCUGUUUACCUAAUUGUAACACAGUAUUCCUUAGGGACAUGACUCUAUUGUAUGUUCUUAAUAUGAACACUGAGGAACACCUAGUAAAUUGGCCUACAAUAA